AUGUCGCUCAUUCAGGCAUACGAAAUCCAGAAAUGGCUCGGCGAGCAAGAAUUCCCUGCUACCUUUUCUGCCUCGAUAUUCUUUGCCCUCUUCAAGAUAGCUAGCCGCGGCACCUACAACCUGGAGAGGACGUCGAAGCGUGCCGCCGAUACCAGCGUGCUUCUCACCAACAUGGUUAUCGGUCGACCCGGUUCCACGCGCGCUAUUGAAGCCAUUGCUCGAACCCGCUUCUUACAUGCCCGGUACCAGCGAGAGGGCAAGAUAUCAGACAGCGAUAUGCUCUACACCCUUAGUCUCUUCGUUCUGGAGCCCAUGCGAUGGGUCGAUCAAUACGAAUGGCGCUGCCUGACGGAUCUGGAGCGCUGUGCUAUGGCAACAUCUUGGAAGGCUCUUGGUGAAGACCUCGAUAUCUCCUAUGACGGCCUGCCCUCGUCGCAAAAGGAAGGGAGAUGGACCGAUGCUCUACAUUGGCUACGCGAGCUUGACGAAUAG